UGGGCUUUGCACAUUGUGGCCUGUGUGGGGAUUGGAGCUGGGAAGGGAAUCGACUAUCGAGGAACAAGCCGAGAAGAAAGAGGGAGGAAGAGUUUGCGACGAGAUGACUCGAGGAAAGCAAAAGAUAGAAGCGCAGCGGAAGAACGCAGAGAAGAAUCAGAAAUCCAAAGGUUCUCAGUUUGAGGCCAGAGUCGUUGCUCUCAAAGUUACAUGCCCCAUCUGUAAGGUACAACUAGCCAAUCAAAAUCAGCUUAGGGAUCAUUAUGGGGCUAAACAUCCAAAGGAGAACCCCCCUGCCGAAUCAAGCUGAGUAUGGUGUUACCUUGUGUAAAGAUGUAAAACCUGAACCCCGCAAUACACGUGCGGGAUUAGAUUGAUACUUCUUUUAUGUGCGAGCCUCAAGCGGUGGAAAUGUGUGCUAAGUUAUGUUUGGUGGCUUUUGUCGACUGAACUAUGACUCUGCAUAUUUGUUGAUCUUUCUCUCCCUGAAAUGUUUCUGCAGUGAAUGAUGAACCAACUAUGUAUCACAAAUCCAGUAGUCAUGUUUGUGUUGCUGGCUGUCUAGGCUUCUGUUUUCUGAGUUUCGGUUGUUGUGUCUAACCAGUUUCGAUUGAUGUGUCUAUGCAUCGUGUAACUGAGUUGCAAUUGACUUCUAUCCAACAUUUUGAUAUAGUUUGCCCUGCUAGCCUUUGAGGUCAUCCAAGCUGGAGAUGCGGCCAAUCAGCUUAGGAGAAAACCUCACUUCUUCAUUGAAGGACAAAAUUGCUUAUACGAGAGCUCCAUACAAGAGAGGAACUGUGAAAGAGUGAAGUAAAAACUAAACUUGUACACAAGGUUGUCAACCCGCGGGUCGACCCACUUUGACUCUGACCCGGUGAGAAAAACGGGCCGCACGCACCUGCCGGGCCGACCGCUACAAGGUACCGGGUUGAAGGUCAAAUUGUGUCAUUUUUUUCUUUGGUUUGCGAGAUGCGCCUAUUUUCCGAUUUUUCUUUUCGCCUAGCUCAAUUUUUGGAAUGCUAAUUGCUAAGUUGAACAUUUGAAUAUUUAUGCUAUAUAAGUGUGUGUGAAUUUUCACUAUAUGUUGGAU